AUGAAAGUUUGUGGCUUGUUGUUCCUGUUGAGCUUGUUCACUCCCUGGCUUGAUGCUAAGCCUGGAAUCAAAGUGAAGAUCACACAGAAAGGUUUGGACUAUGGAAAACAGCUUGGAAUAGAUUUCCUGGAGCAAAGAUUAAAGGAGCAAACCUUUGCGAAUGUGAGCGGCCAAGAGACAUUUGGAUUUACUGGCGCUGACUACACGAUUUCAGAGAUAAAAGUUAAUGCUGUUGAAUUCCCAAAUGCAUCAGUGUCUCUGAUACCUGGGACUGGGAUUAAACUAGAGAUCAAGGAUGCUGCAGCAGCAGUCACUGCACACUGGAGAGCUGAUAAUAAGAUUAAAGGGAGACAGCCCCCAGUGUAUGGCACCCUGAGCCCCUUGGAGAUAGGAAAUUCUGGAAAAAUGAGUGUCCUCAUUUCGCAUAUAUCACUCGCAGCUGUUGUGUCAGUGUCUCAGGACAAUGCAGGUCACGCAGUGCUGUUGCUUGAAAGCUGCAAGGGAAAAGUUGACCGUAUGCACAUCGAGCUGGAUCAAGAUACUAGCUGGCUGUAUAAAUACUUUGCUAAUCAUCUGGAAAAGCCUGCCUGUGACAGUCUGAGUAACAAUAUGUGCCCAUUCAUUGGUUCUGAAAUCGAAAAAAUUAAUGCAGAACUGAGAGAACACAAAGUCCAAGCCCAGAUUGAUUCUUUUGCACAAGUAGACUACUCGCUGGUGAACUCUCCGGUGAUCUCCAGCACAUCUAUUAACUUUGAUAUAAAGGGAACAGUCUCCCCAGUGGGAAAUGACCUAGAGACUCCCUUCAAGCCUGCACCAUUCAGUAUCCCAGAGGAGAUCAACUCCAUGCUCCAUAUAGGAAUCUCAGAAUAUUUCUUGCAGUCUGCUUCACUCGUUUAUUACGCUUCUGGGGCCUUUGAUGUCUCUAUUGCAAAGGAGCUUUCCUCUUACUUCAGAUUAACUACAAAUUCUUUUGGCACCAUUAUCCCUAAAAUUGCCCGUUCUUUCAAAACACCAUGCCCAGUCAUCCUGGAUCUAAAACCAACGGCAGCCCCUGUGAUCAGACUGCAUAAUGGCAGUGCUGUUCUGGAAAUUGCUGGUUCCAUGGAGGUGUUGGUAGUCCUGAAGAAUUCAACCACUCGAUCCAUGUUCACCUUGAACAUAGCUGCCAGAACUCAUGUCGCCCUGAAUAUAUUUGAACAGAAGCUAAUACCUUCUCUAUGUCUGGACAGGUAA